ACCUCACCGAGCGAGAGCUCUCUCAGUCAGCCAUGUAAAGUGCAGGCGACGGGAUCCUGUUCCCAGCGAAUAUUAUUCCUGAUCUUCAUAUUUCAGAUCGCAGUGAAACAUGGUUCAGUCCUGCUCGGCGUACGGAUGCAAAAACAGAUACCACAAAGAUAAAAACAUCUCCUUUCAUAAGUUUCCUCUGGCCCGGCCGGACAUCUGCGGGAAAUGGGUGACCGCUAUGAAGAGAAGAAACUUCAAACCCACUAAAUACAGCAACAUCUGCUCUCAGCACUUCACCAGAGACUGCUUUAAACGUGAAUGCAACAACCGUGUGCUGAAGGACAACGCCGUGCCUUCGCUCUUCACCUUCAGCAAACUACAGAUGCAGGCAGCGUCUCUGCAGGACUCCUUCAGCCCAGACAUGACCUUUCCUCUGAGCCUGCCUCUGUCUGAAGCGGAGGAGACGCCGGCGGCGGGGCGUCCGUCUGAAGACCAGCCCGGACCCAUCCUUCACACCAGCGCCUUCGUCUCCUGUGACCACAACUACACGGUGGAGGACACCGUCCAGCAGAAGAGACGCAUCGAGCAGCUGCAGGAGCAACUGGAGAAGCUGCGCAAGAGACUGAAGACGGUCCAGCAGAAGUGUCGGAGGCAGGAGAGACAGCUGGAACGCUUCCGGGCCAUGAGCGAGGUCCAGAGAGACGCGGCGCUCGGGGACAGCUACGUGAUCCUGCCCAAAGAGAUCUACGACGUUCUGAAGGGAAUAGAGACCAUCGGUGCGCUGUGAGAUCCAGAGAGUCACGUGGAAGAGGUUUUAGCUUUUCCUUUAGGAGUGCUUUUAAUUCUGUCAGUCGUGACUUGUGUUCUGAGUGUGUGUGAGCAUCAGGUUCAGCUGCUGGGUGUCUAUCGGAUCUGCUCACAGAUCUCUGUGGAACACAGUGUCCUUUUAGGAGAGGAUCGUCAGCUUCAGAGCAGAACUCGCUCAACAUGCAAUAACUGCGUGAGAGGAUUCAGGAGCGAUGGUGAUCGUCUGGUGCGCUCCGAGAAACCAAACCCUUUAGCACUAGUCCUGAGCUCAGAUGCCAGAGGAGCCGGUGGACCAGAGACUCUGUGACAAACCCUUCAGUAAAUCAGGUCCUCGUUAUCUGCAGAUUUGUGCAAAUGACCGCAGAUCAGUGUUCGUUCUGUUAUUAAAUGUUUUUUUUUUCUAAUUUAAACCUCUAGAAUUUAUACUGACUAGUUUAUUUUGAAUUGAUUAAUGUACUAAGAUGACCAAACUUCACUAAACAUGUUUUCAGUAGCCAUAGAGUCACAUAUCAAAGGGCUUUGAGCUGUUUCUCGUCGUUUUUCACCCCUUGCUGAUUCAUUUAUUAUUCACAAAACUUUAAUAACUGUGGAAUCGAUUCAAGCCAUAUAUGGGUAAAAAUAGAUUUUUUGCUGGGAAGACUUCAAUCAUAGUUGCCUUACGGUCACAGUGCAAUUGUUCAUAUGUUUGAGUGUUUCUCUCAUUCUUGACCUGAUCUUGUGCUUGAAUGAGUUUCAUGUCACGCUUUAUAACUGUCCUGUACACACACGCACACACACACGCACACACACACGCACACACUUAUGGUCAGUAGCUGGUCAGAUUUUAAAGACACCACCCUUACAAAACUCUAUACCACAAUAACGAAAGUAUCCACCAAAAUAUGAAUUACUACACUUGGAUCAUAACAAAUGAAAAUGAUAAAGUAUUCAAA